AUGCCUGCACAGGCCGCCGGAGACCGGUCGGCCGGACUGACGUCAGCGCCCCCAUACGUUCCGGCGAAUCUGUCCGGCCGCGGCAAGUUUUAUAUUGUAUUUGGCCGGACGGCCGGAACCCAUACACGUUUCGAACGCCUGUGCAGUCCCGCAGUCGGCCGGAUGGACGAACGAGUUUUCAUAAUUUCUCCGGUGGCCUGUACAGAUAUAACUGUUCAGGCGACCGGAACCCACAAACGCAACGGCCGACCGGUCUCCGGCAGCCUGUGCAGGCAUAACUGA